CUAAUCCAUGUAAGAUAGAAACAAGACGGCACAGCAGAAUGGCGAGUUCUCAGCGAUGGCGCCUGCUUGUUUUUCAAUUUCUGUGCAUAUCUUGUUCGGUGAGGGUAACCCUGUCAGCGAACAAGCUACUACUUCUACUUGUGGACGGCAUGAGAUGGGAUUAUGCCGACAGAGAGAACCUACCUGCCUUCAAACAGAUAGAAAUGCAAGGUGCCCGCGCGACGAAAAUGCGACCCAGUUUUCCGAGCUCAUCAUAUCCCAAUUAUUAUUCCAUUAUGACAGGUUUACAUUGUGAGAACCAUGGCAUGGUAUCAAACUUCAUGUAUGAUGCAGACAGAAAUAAAAUAUUUGACAUAGGCGGUAACCCAGAGUCGUACGAAUCAUUCUGGUGGGAGGAUGCUGAACCAUUAUGGAUUGGUGCUGAGAGACAGGGCAAGAAAAGCUUUCUCUUAUCCUGGCCAAAUUGUAAUGUUACCAUACAUCAGCACAAACCCUCCGUAUGUAGAGAGUGGAUGGAAGAACCUUUACAAAAUGGUGCCAGCCUGAAAAAAGACCUUGAGGAGGCUGUAGCUUCACUGAGGAAUAAUUCAGCAGAUUUUGUGGGUAUUUAUUACAUUUCAAUUGACCAUUUUGGACAUCUGUAUGGUCCAAAUGGGAGGGAGUUAAACACCGCCUUAAAAGAACUUGACGGCACAAUAACUGAACUUUUGCAAAUUACAAGUGACAUGAGGGAGAACUUGAAUAUUAUCAUACUGGCAGAUCAUGGUAUGACUUCGAUUGGUGAAGCUGUUAACUUGACUGAGAGGAUGGACUUGAGUGACCUGGUCAGUUUUCCCAUCAAGGGCUCAUUGAACAGUGGUGCAAAUGUAGAACUGUGGCCCGCAAUCGAACCAGCCGAGUUAGUGAAAAAACUAAACAACGACUCAUUAGGGGAGAGAUAUUUUACAGCCUACCUGAAGAAAGAUAUUCCAGAGCGUUUCUUUUAUAUAAAUCACAAACUUGUUGCUCCAGUAUUUGUCCUAGCAGAGAGUGGCUACUACAUGACGACGUUUGCAUCUCCAAAUGUGCCGACUUUUGACGAAAAUGAAAAUGAUAAAACCGUUGUUCGCACAAUGAAAGGGACACAUGGCUAUGACAAUGCAGAAAAUGACAUGCAUGCCAUAUUUUAUGCCAUAGGACCUAAUUUUAACGCCAACUCUAAAGUGGACCUCAUCAAUAACACAGACGUGUAUCAGGUAAUGUGUAAGAUACUUGGGAUAGAAGCAGAAGCUAAUAAUGGAUCCUGGGCAGCUAUGAGUACUUUGACCAUGUUUGACCAGCCAACACCCAAGACUACAUCUUCGUCAAUAGCUUCAACUUUGUCUCCAACCACACAGUCACAGAGGGGUGGAGUCAAUGCUGUUUUUGUAAUGUUAGGAGUGUUGAUUUUGGUUGAGCUGGUAUUGUAACGAGUGCAUAUGAAGAGGAUAUAAAAAAGAGAAUGUGAUGAUGUUGCAUCCUGAAAGACGAUUUCCCUUAUUCGAAGAGUGAUUUUACAGUAGACAGCGACUUAUAUCAUUCCAGAUGCAUUUUAAAUCAAAUUAUUGCUAUAAAACCUGACCAAAGGCCACCAUACAUGUAUAGUUUCAAAUAGUAUUACUAAAAGAAAAUAUAAAGGACAUACAGUUUUUAUAUUUCCCGAUUAAUGAUU